UCAGGAUAGGUUACGUUUCAACUCCCUCCUGUCUUUUGCUGUAGCUCACCGUGUCUAUUGCACGCGACGGGCUUCAUCCCAUUAGGAAAAGUAGAAGGAUGAAACAAAAAGACAGGAAGGUAGACUUAUAAUUCCUUGUUGGUAUCCGGUUCUGCUUCGUUUCACCCAUGAAAAGGUUUCAUUUGUCCGUCAGACGGCCAGUCGGCCAACAGAACUGAUGCGCAUCACAUCUUCACGAAAUAGCUGUUCCUGAAAUUCGCCGUUUCAACAAUUUUAAUCGUUUUCGCUAAACAGCAUCAAGUGCCAGCCGCCAUGUCUGAGCUGGAUCCAUUGUGCGGCUACACAGAAGAAACGGCACCCACUUACAGCCACUACAGCCGCAUGAAAAAGAGCCUGGCCAGCCGUCGUAAUUGCAAAUUAGCUACUUUCAGCGUUGUUUUGGUAGCCAUCAGCUUGAUAGUUGCCACUGUCUAUAUAUUUGUUGUCGACAAUGACCCAGCUGAUGGCGGUGGCAGCACUCUACCCACGGAUGACACGCCAAUUGACCUCAAUGUGGAGCAUUCGCUUUUGCAAGUCUCCUUCCCUAUUAAAAAAGGUCGUUCAAGAGAAUUCAAAGAAAAAGAUAUGGCUUCUUGGGAAGCACCGACUCCAACUGUCGACAUGGACCUGCUGAAGGAAUGCAACAGCCAAGGUUGGAAUGAAGUGAACCGCCGGAAGACGAUGGAAGAGACUCUAGUGGAGCCUAAAGGUCCGGCUUUUUACCACCAAAUGUCGACAGCCCUGAACGAAGAAGCCGUUGACUGGAUCCAAUCGGGUGUCAUGGCCGAAAGCACUCUGCGUUGCCUCAAAGACCAUCAAAUCGAAUUGGAAACUCUAAGGAAAUCCGAUUGGCGCUUCUUACAGGAACAAUGGCCGCAAUGUGGCGAAGGCCAUUCACCGUUUGGCGGAUUUAAAUGCUCGGCAAAAGAUAAAUACCGUUGGAUGGACGGUAUGUGUAAUAAUUUACAGCACCAACACUGGGGAGCUGCCCUGCAGCCAUUUCGGCGUAUGUUGCCGGCUGAGUACGAAGACGGAUUCUCUAAACCGUAUCCGUCUUUCCCGACCGGAAUUCAUCCGCCUGGACGUCAAGUCAGCAUUUGCAUGCAAAACGCAACCAAUCAAUAUGAUGAGCCCAGACUGUCGAUGCUCUUUGUCCAUUUUGCUCAUUUCCUCGAUCACGAUUUCAGCAACAUUGCCGCCUACAAAGGUGCUAACCGUAGUGCCAUUCCGUGUUGCGGGGCCGAAGAACGUCAUCCGGAAUGUUUCUCGUUGGAACUGAAGAGCAACGAUCCGUUUUAUAAGGAGAAAGGUCUCAUGUGCAUGGACUUUGUCCGUUCGGCUCCCGCUCCCCAGUGUCAAAUUGGCGUGAGAGAACAGAUGAAUCAAGCGUCUUCUUACAUCGACUUGUCCAAUAUUUACUCUACAACGGAAAAGGACGAACACGGACUUCGUGACGUUGACGGAGGUUACAUGAAAUCGCCCACCGAGCCGGACGGCCGUUACAUGUUACUCCGAUCCAAAGACCCUAAGGACGGCUGUAACCGUCCCGAAAUGCUGGAAGCCAACACGCCCUGCUUCCGUUCAGGUGACCUCCGAGUGAACGAAUUCAUCGGCUUGACGAACAUGAAUCAGAUAUGGAUGCGAGAACACAACCGCGUCACCGACUUCUUCAUCAAAAUCAACGGUCAUUGGAGCGACGAGCGUCUGUACCAAGAGAGUCGACGUGUCGUCAUUGCUGAAAUGCAGCACGUCGUCUACAACGAAUUCGUUCCGCUUCUGCUCGGCGAGAAGCUGACCAAGUCGUUGGGGUUGAACCCAUUGAAGGAGGGCUACUUUCACGGAUACGACGAUAACCUCGACGCCGGCGUUGCCAAUUCUUUUGCGUCAGCCGCCUUCCGGUUCUACCACAGCAUGAUUAAGGAUCUAGUGGCUUUCGAACAGGCUGGAAGUGGCGUCACAGAGUUUGCUCAAUUGCAUACCAUGUUGUACAAUCCGUUUCCCAUGUGGCAAUUCGGUAAGGUGGACGAGCUGAUCCGCGGCAGCGCUGCGCAGAAUCCCAGGCCGAUCCACACUUCAUUUGCCGCAGAAGUGGCCAAUCAUCUGUUCCAGCAAGAAGACGCUUCAUUCGGAUUCGACCUGUUCGCCUUCAACAUCCAGCGCGGACGGGACCACGGCCUUCCGCCGUACUACAAAUGGCGCGAGAUAUGCCACCUGCCACCUGCCGCCAAUUUCACGCAGAUGAAAGAGUUUUUCCGUCCUCACUCGCUGGAACUCAUCCAGCGCUUUUACGUUGAUGCGACGCACUUGGACCUUUUCACUGGAAUGCUGGCCGAGAAUCCUCUUGCCGACGGACUGCUGGGCCCGACGGCCAGCUGCAUCAUUGCCGACCAGUUUGUCCGAGCCAAAAGGGGCGAUCGUUUUUGGUACGAGACCGGCGAUCCGCUGCUCCGUUUCAGUCCAGAGCAAUUGAGCUCCAUACGAGAUGUGACCCUGGCCAGGCUCCUUUGCGAGAAUAGUGACGCGCUGGAUACGAUCCAAGAGCGAGCUUUAGAGGCCGUCAGCGAAACCAACCCGCGCAAACACUGUUCGGGUUAUCAAAUUCCACGUCUCGAUCUCACACGCUGGCACGAAGCCAAACCGGAGGGUUCAUUCUCGAAAAAUUGAAUGUCAUUCAAGCGUUUGAAGAGAUUAGUUUGAUGCCCCGAUUUGCCCUUUCAGUUGAUCCGUUUCAAGUUGAAAAAAAAAAAAAAAGGGCGUAGCUUCUUCUUUCUUUUUUCUUUGCCAGCAGAAAUUCAUUUGUAAUACACUUAUAAAUAAAAUAAAAGACCGGUUUGCAGAUGGUUUUCGACUCUC